AUGGCUUCUGCGAUUGCACCGAAGCUUGUCACUCUGCCCAGCUUCUCCGCCACUUCUUCCAGGUCGCGAUCUGAAUCUUCUCAUCAAAACUGCUCCCCGUCUCGUGGUUACGCUCACGCUCGCAGAAGAUUAAGGUGUUCGGCAAACGACUCCUCGAAGUCAUCAGAAUGCAGCAACGAGUCAGACCGCAACACCCUAAGAGAGAGCUCUCCUGCCAGCAACUUAGCGUCUCAGGAUUCACAAUAUCCGCAAGACUUGGAAGAUUCACGAAAUCCGCGUAACUCUGCAGGAGAGGAAGCUGGAUCUGCUGCUGAUGCUAAGCAGGACAGCUCACGAGCGAUAUCCCGAAGGUUCUUACUUGGUGGAGCCACAUUAGCCGGCGCAGGGAUUCUUCUAGAAGGUGGAGGCGACAGAGCGGGCCGGCCGUUACGCAGUAACACAGGCCGGCGAUGGUCCAUCCAGGGUUCGGGUAACGCGACUCCCUUACCGUUACCGUUACAGCCAGACGUGGACUCUCUUCCUGGGGAGUUGAGCAGCCUGCUAGACGACAAGCAAGGCCUGUGGGUGUCUGAAUCGGGGUCCGCGGCCCGGCUCGUUCCUGUUCACGAGGGGUUGAUUGCGGAGAAGAGAUUCAGCGAAUUUGGACCGUACGAUGUGGAGAAUCUGUAUCAUCAGGAGCACACGUGCGCGUCCUGCUUCCCGGACUGUGCAGCAGGGGGCUGCUUGUUGCGGAUAACGGUGACGUACCCAGCGAGGAUGCGGCACACGUCUUGGACGCCUCAAUACUCGUUACAGGAGGACAAGUUUCCUCUAGCAGUGUUCAGCAGCGGGUUCCUGCUGGACUCGGCUCAGUACCGCAGCUACGCCCACCACCUCGCCAGCUGGGGCUUCGCUGUAGUCACCUACAAUAAGGUGGAGGGGCUGAUGGGCCCUCUGGACGACAUCAUCUGUGCGCGGUUCAUUACAGAACUCAUCAACUGGGCUGGCACCAGUCACUUGCUUCGCAGGAUAGCAGACAACACCCGCGUCUACCUCUGCGGCCACUCCAGAGGGGCCAAGGUGAGCGUGCUGGCAGCAGCCAUGGACCCUCGGGUACUCUCCCUUGGCCUCGUAGACCCGGUCGAUAAUACAAUCUACGCGCCUCUGGCCCCGGGCUACCCCUCAGCCGUGGCAACCAUGAGGGCAGGCAACAGCGCCAUAGAGCACCUCCUGGCUGACGCCAGCCCUGCCAACCAAGGCCUUGCCGUUUCCCUCCCCACCCUCGUCGUGGGCGGUGGCUACCCCGGCGACUGCGCCCCUGCUGCCUCCAACUACCGCUGGUUCUUCAAAGAAGCUGGUAACCCUAGCUGGGAGGUUGUGCUGCGAGACGCGGGGCAUUUCCAGUUUUUAGACUCGCCGCCGGUGCUGCAGGCGGCUGUGUGUGGGCUGGGGCCGGCGAGGGAUGAGGAUGUGAGGCGGGCGACAAAGGCGUGUAUUGCCGCAUGGGGGCAUGCGACGGUACCCCGGCAGAGGGGGAAGGUUGUGGGUGGGGGGCGUGUGAGAGGGGAAGUGCCGCAGCAGGGAGGGGGAGAGGGGGGAGGAGUGGAAGGGGAUGAGCAAGGUUGCAUUAGCAUUGGGGGGAGGUGUGAUGGACGUAGCGGCAGUGGGGGCAGUGGGGGCAGUGGGGGCAGUGGGGCCAGCGGGACCAGUGGCUUUAUGGAUGCCGCAGCAGCUGAUAGUUGGGGAGUGGGUGCAGCAAGGGAAAAGGGCCCUGUGCAGGCUCCUGCUCCUGCUCCUGCAGCAAGGGAAAAGGACCCUGUACAGACGCCAGGUCCUGCAUUGACUCCGUUGACUCCAUUGACUGCGGGGGAGAAUCUGGAGGCUCCUGUGUCAGAUAGGAAGGAUGAGCUGGAGGCCAUGAUGGUUUCAGUCGCUGCUGAGCUGGCAGCGCUUGGAGGGACGAAGUUCACUUCAAGGCUGAAACUGUGA